GUCAAAGCAGAAUUCAUUACAAAAUGCGUCGACUUCAAGUGGUUCACGCGUUUCCGUGCUGUGUGCUGCUCUCGCUCCUCUGCUGGACAGUGGCGGUGCCUCUGGACUGCAAGGAUGAGUCCGGCGCUCUGUCCCGCUGUGCGACCAUCUCUCAGGAGAAGCUUCUGGACCGGGUCAUCCAGCAUGCAGAGCUCAUCUCCCGUGUCUCUGAGGAGUCCUGCACGCUGUUUGAAGAGAUGUUUGUCCCAUACUCAAUGAGAGCGUUCAGAAACCAGGGAGGAAACGCCUGCGUCACCAAGGCCUUCACCAUCCCGAACUCCAAGAGCGAACUCCAGCAGAUAUCGGACAAAUGGCUCCUUCACUCUGUGUUAAUGAUGGUCCAGUCCUGGAUCGAGCCACUGGUUUACCUGCAGACCACUCUGGAUCGCUACGAUGAUGCGCCGGACACUCUCCUCAAUAGGACCAAGUGGGUGUCCGAUAAACUGGUGAGCCUAGAGCAAGGCGUGGUGGUCCUGAUACGCAAGAUGCUAGAUGAGGGAAUGCUGUCCCCAUCCCCACCUGGAGUGGUGCAGUACGAUGUUCAGCCUGAGGUAUUGGAGUCCGUCCUCAGGGACUACACCUUACUCUCCUGCUUCAAGAAGGACGCCCACAAGAUGGAAACCUUCUUGAAGCUCCUCAAAUGUCGUCAAACAGACAAGCUGGGCUGCGCCCUCUACUGAAUGUAUCUGACCUUGAAUAAUUAGCACUCAGUAGCACUCAGCAGCAGCUAGAAUACUCUACUUUUUCUUAGAUGGACUGUCGCUUCUACUGGAUACUUUAUUGGAAUCCCCUCAUGGAUCCACCUUGCUGGUGUGGUUAGAGAAUGUAGCCCAUGUGUUGUUGUAUUAGCUAUCCUCUAACCCUUCAAUUUCUGACCACAGAGCUGCUCUUGGUUAGAUGUAUUUGGGUGGUGGACCCAAUCUACCAGUGCUGAAAAUGGCCCACCACCAAAAUAGUCUGGUCAACAGUGGUCCUAUGAUCAUUAUCUGAUCAAUAAUGAAUAGGUUGGGUUGUUGAUGGGUAACUCUGCAGCUAUAGUGGACAUAUGAGGAAAGUGGAGCUCAUAAAGUGGUCAGUUAGUAGAAAUACAAGCUUUCUAAAUAAAGUGGCAUGAAUGGUAAUGUGGGUAAGAACUGUAACAAAUGCUGGCCACUGAUGUAGCUAUAUUUCCAGUGUGAAUUCAAACUCAUUAUGCGCGAUCGCAAUUUAUAAUGCAUGUUUGCUCCUUUAAAGCAAAGCAGAAUAUUGUAGACCAUGGCGAAGAGACUGCGGACAGAGUCCCCCCGGGUAGCAAUGCAUGUUUGCUUUUUCACUGAAUCUGCAUAUUUCACCAUUGAUUUGACUGCCUCUUUGUUCUUAACUGGAGUUUGUAUUCCUCCUCGGUUCCCUGGCUGUUGUUCAUUAUUUCUUUGGGCCUCCAGUGAAUUUGCACAGAUCUUUUCUCUUUUCCUUUUUUUUCUUCCAAAGUGGAGCUAGCUUCACCUCGGCAUUAGUGAGACGAAGCUCUAGAUGCAGAAGUAAGCUAGCAGAGAGACCCAGAGAGAGUGAGGGAGCUGAGUGCGGAUAGUGUUUGGUGUAUGUGUGUGUGUGCUGUAGGCUUAUGAAUUUGGACUGAAGGAACGAUAAAAAAAACUUUGCAUAUCACCAAGUCUUGUAUCUAUCUUCGGCCCCAGAGGUGAGACGCUGACUGCUUGUGCUUGUAUUGUACUUUAUUAUCUGCCAUACAAAUCUCAAUAAAUCUACUCUCAGCACCUUU